CUACUCUUAUAAGUGAUGGGGCAUUUCACCAAAGUACAAAACACAUUGAAAUCAAUCGAAUUUAUGUGGAGAUCAAAGGGAACUGAGACUGUUCACCUGUAUAUAAGAGCGGGAGGCGAUGCUGAACAUGUACAACUUUUUGUGAGAGAUUCUGGAUUCAGCUUCAGCUGCCCAUUCUGCACCGACAGCAUGUCUCUCCGGUGGUCUGCAAUCCUGCUGCAGCGGGCGGCAACGCCUUUGAUGCAGCCAGCCAGGACUCUUUAUAAUCGAGGAAAGUCUACCCUGGUGUCGGCAUCAUUGAGAGCUGAUGUAACAUCCCAGUCACCCAAGAUCACGUCUGCUCUCCCAGCCCAUCACCUUUCUGCCAAAGUCUUAUUUGACAAUGAUACUGUUGCUGAUUUUAAAUACAUUUGGCUAAGGGACAACUGUCAGUGCCCCUCAUGUAUUGACAUCAGCACAAAGCAGAAGCUAGUGGACACUACUGCACUAGACCUGAAUGUGAAGCCUGAGUCCCUCAUCAUCAACAGUGAAGGUCACCUGGAAAUUGUAUGGUCUGACAAGAGUGGCUCACAUAAAUCUGAAUAUGGUGCAGAAUGGCUGCUUAAGUAUGGACAAUCUUUCAUGCACAACAACUUUGAGAGUGACAACAUAGAUGUGGAUAUCAUGUCCCUUAGACCUGAAAUUGAGCCUUGGGAUCGCACCACUAUCUGGGCCAAUUUCCCUGAAUUAUCCUAUACUGAAAUGAUGGAAAGUGAUAAUGGCCUCAGGGAGUGGCUUGAAAUAUUCUAUAAGUAUGGUGUGGCAGUGCUCCGUGGAGUACCACAAGAGAAAAACAAGAUUAUUGAGGUAGUGAAUCGAUUUGCAUAUGUGAAGGAGACACAGUAUGGCCGCACCUUUGAUGUCAUCAAUAAGCCUGUGGAGGGUGCCCAUCUAGCAUACACUGGGGUAGCUCUGGCUCACCAUACAGACAUGAACUACAGGGAGAAGAGUCCAGGCAUGCAGCUUCUCCACUGCCUCAAGGCAAAUAACCCAAAGCUUUCCGGAGAUGAUCCUGGUGGACGUUCCUUCUUUGCGGAUAGUUUCAAGAUUGCUUCCUGGCUAGAGGAGAAUGAACCUGCAGCAUAUCAUGUUCUUACCUCCACACCAGUGAGAUUUUCUAUUAAGAAUGAGGGUCAGCAGUACUCUGCUGUGUGGCCCAUCCUCUGCACUAAUGCAAGUGGAGACAUCACAGAGGUGCACUAUAACAAUCGUACCAUGAAGCCUCUGCAGGCACCCACACAUGUAGUGACACCUUUCUAUCAUGCUUACAAGCUAUUCUCAGACAAACUUCAAGAGCCAUCAGCCAGUCUGGAAUUUAACAUGGUUCCAGGUGACCUAGUGGCAUUUAACAACCGUAGAGUUCUUCAUGGUCGCACUGCUUUUGAUGCUUCAAAGGUGGACAGACACCUAGUUGGUUGCUAUGUUGAUAUUGAUGAAGCCUUUUCUAAGUACGAUUCCCUGCUGGCAAAGUUUCGCAGAAAAUGAUUGUGCUGGUGUGAACAGUUAUAGUGGUGGUAGUUAAAGAGAUGAUUUAGCUGCCUUACAGGUCAUAAAAAUUCUAAUAAUCUUAGGCUAGAUGUACUACAUGUAUUAUCAAAUGCAUCUUGAUAGAGCACUACUAAGUUAUGCUGCCUUCAGAAAACUGAUUCUACAAAUAUUACAUGAGGUGAAAGUACAUGCUAAUGUAAGUGAAAAAUGUUCCAUACAAAUAUGCCUGGUCAUGAUGGCAUAAGUUCAAUCUUGACCCCAGCAGCUACUCUUUCUUUAUCAUGCUUUCUAAAAAUUUUUGAGCUUCACAGUAUCCCAAAACAAGAUAAGUAGUAGUGAUAAUGAACCAGAUUUACUGAUAAACAUCAUACCUGGGUGCAAUGACAAUAUAUAUAUAUAUAUAUAUAUAUAUAUAUAUAUAUAUAUAUAUAUAUAUAUAUAUAUAUAUAUAUAUAUAUAUAUAUACAGUCAAAGCGGAAAAGGCUGGCCGGGUCGCUCUUUUAUGACUGCACAAGCAUUUGCAUCUUCCCUACUUUACCACAAAAAGUUAACAAAAAUAUAAACAUCAAAACAGUCAUUGAACACUCGCCGACAUCUCUAGUUACUUAUUUGAAGAUAAACUGGUCUUCUUGAUUAAGUUAAGAUGAGUUGGAAUAGAGUUGGCCAGAUGUUAAAGUGUGGAGUCAGGAAUCCUAUCCCAGGCAGUGCACAACUCUACCUCUAAUUUUUCUACUGUAGAAGUGUCUCUUUCCCUCAAUUCCCUCUUCAAGAUAGUCCACAAGUUCUCAAUAGGGCUGAGGUCUGUGCUGUUACUUGACCACUCAGAAAUAUAUUCAAUCUCAUUAAUUUUAAGCCAGUGUUUUACUGAAUUUGCUCUGUGUGCUUGAGCCUCGUCAUGCUGGAGAAUCUCUGCAUUACUGUUUGCAAAACACUCCCCCAAGUGUUCCUCUAAGAUGUUGAGAUAAACUUGCUGGUUUACCAUAAAAUUCUGUGGAAGCACCACUAGUGGCCCAUUACCCUGAUAUCCAAAAGCAGCCCAUACCAUAAGUGAUGCAGGGUGUUUUACCAUAAGGGCACAGUACUUGGGAUCAUUCAUACGAACACCCCUCCUCACCCACACUCUCUUUCCCUUCAUGUCACUGACAAUGAAGACUGAUUCAUCAGUCCACAGGAAGCUAUGCCAUUUUUACAAUGGCCACUUCAAGUAUUUAGAAGCAAAUGCCUUUCGAGCUUUAUUUUGCAGUUCAUUUAAAGCUGAUUUGCGACGAGCUGCCACUUUCUUGUAUUCGAGGCGCAAAUGCAGUGCGUCAGACACUGUUCUAACGGCAACAUUACCAAGUAUCUGAGGAUUUUCCUCCUUCAGUUUCCCUGCCGUAAGAGUGGGAGUGACAUCCACGCUCCACUUCAGGACUCUGAGUGAAGUUUCACUUAUUUUCCUGGGUCUCCCAGUACGUAGUUUUAACUGGGAUUGGAACACGAGCACCGCCAGAUGCUUUGAAUUUUUGCAACUUAGCAGUGAAUACUUCUCUCACUCACACUAAUUUCAUUUACUAUUUCUUUUGUUUGAAGGCCUAAUUCAUGACACUAGAUCACCCUGACCCUUGUAUCAUGUUCAAGAGGCUUCCCACUCAAUUAUUCAACACAAACACCAACAAAUUUUAGGAGCACAGGACAGCGGCCACUCUGAAACAUUAAUGUAUCAAAUGACACUGAGACAUGAUUUAUGUCAUCUAUAGUUACUGAGUGAUGGGUGACAGCUAGAGUAAAGUUGCUUUGUAGCCAAUUUUACUAGGGGCAUUUUUCCCUUCACCGCCAAGUGCAUACUAUCUAAUCAGGAACAAAGGCCAGCCAGUAAUUAACCUGGCCACCCUUUUCUGCUUUGACUAUAUGUUUAUAUAUAUAUAUAUAUAUAUAUAUAUAUAUAUAUAUAUAUAUAUAUAUAUAUAUAUAUAUAUAUA